UGUGUACUCCAGACGAUGUGUUUCCUUUAUCUUAGAGCUACUGUGGGCAGUUUGCUAGGUGAAAAAGCCCAGAUUGCAGGUGCCAAAAAAAUCUGCCAAGCUAUUGGAAAACAAAUGAAAGCCAUAGAGGCAGUAGUGAAUGACACAAGUAGAGAAAACAAAUCUGGUGCAGCAGACAUUGCAGCAAGCCAGCAUGUGAUGGUCUGUGCCCUCCAGGAACUCGGGAGCCUGGUGCAGAGCUUGAAUGCCACCGCAUCCCCUCUUAUUCAAGAAGCGUCUAUAGGGCUUUUGGAGAUUGUGAGUUCAGUGCUUCUUCAUCCAAGCAUGACUGCCCGACUUGCUGCUGCAUGGUGUUUGCGCUGUGUGGCUGUGGCAUUACCUUUCCAGCUGACACCAUUUCUAGACAGUUGUCUACAGGAGGUGGGUUAUACAGAUACUAUUCUAGAUGUGAAAUCUAAAUGAGUGCGAGCUUUCUUGGGCUUUUCAAGUGAUGUCACAGACAGGGAAGAUGCCAAAAAUCAGGACUCAGUUGUAAAUGGUACAGAGACAGCAAUGAUUGGGUAAGUAUUUUGUCUGGAAAGUGUUUUAGCUAUUAUUAGUUCUUAUUAAAUAUUUUUGGUUUUAUGGGCAUUACUUGUACUUUUAGGUAGUGACAGAAAUAAUUUAAUUAUAAUUUAAUAAAAAUUCUAAAAUUCUAUUUGGUUAGAAGGUAACAAGGAUUGGAGUUAUUUAUGACUUAACUCAAGAAUAUUUGUGAUAUUUAAUACAGAUUUUAGUAUAUUUAAUAGAUUUUAGUAUAUUGACUUAAUCACUAAAUAAAACUUCAGAAAAGAUUUUAUUUGGAAAUUCAGUACAAAUCUCUAAGAAUGGCGUUUCAUGAUUGGUGAUGCAGGAAUCGUAAAAAUACCUCAAAUUCUUUAGAAGUAACACUUUUUAACCACUUUUGUUUAUCUAAUAAUGUUGUAAUUUAUCUUUCCUUUGAUAUAAAAUACCUAUUUUAAGUAGCCAUUUUGAAGUGACAGCGUAAUUGUGAACAAUUCAGUAGCUAUUUGAAAUAUUUUGUUUUCCAUUUUGGAUUAUGUAUCAUACAAUCAUAUAUGAUUCUACUUAAAAUAAGCAUAAACAGUUCAAUAAAGAGAUUCUUAUUUAUUGGGAAAAAAUUUCCGUGAUUGUUAAUUGAAUAAAAAGCCAAGAAUUCUGUGAAUGUUUAAGUAUGACUUUUGACACUUGUUUAGGAAGGAAGAAUGGUUUUAAUUGAACUCUGUAAAUUUUCUACCAAGAAGAUAGUUCCUGCUAUUUGGAAUAUAAAUUAAAAUUGUGGGAUUAGGUAAAGGUUCACUGUAGGACUUUUAUAAACAAAGUUCCUUGGACCUUAAAAUGUAUUCAUUAAUAAUUAAGAAUACAUUUCCAACUUUGUAGGCUGCGUUAAAAAAUACAUUAACUUGUAUUUGUAAAUUUAAGGCAUGGUAUUUCUCUGCAUAGAUAUAGACUGUGUGGACAUUAUCUUUAGUUCUGUUUUUAUGUUAUGGGUUUAAUGUAAGUCAUCAAGAUAAAUGGUUUUUUUUUUGAGACGGAGUCUCGCUCUGUUACCCAGGCUGGAGUGCAGUGGCGCGAUCUCAGCUCACUGCAAGCUCUGCCUCCCGGGUUCACGCCAUUCUCCUGCUUCAACCUCCCAAGUAGCCGAGACUACAGGUGCGUGCCACCGCACCCAGCUAAUUUUUUGUAUUUUUAGUAGAGACGGGGUUUCAUCAUGUUGGCCAGGAUGGUCUCAAUCUCUUGACCUUGUGAUGCGCCCGCCUCGACCUCCCAAAGUACUGGGAUUACAGGCAUGAGCCACCAUGCCUGGCCGAUAGUAUAAAUGUUUUUAAGAACUAUAAUGCAUACUUUAGUAACCUUCAGUAAAGACUUUCAGGGAAGACCACUCAUGUGAUUUGGCCUUGAUUUGUCUUUUAAGAAUGACAACGAUACUGUUGCUAAUCUGUCUGAUUUCAGUAGGAAUAAAGAGUUAGGGGAGGGUGAUACGAAACACAAAGCUGUAAGCAGAUUUGAAAUUUAAGAAAGAUGUCUUUUGAAAAUUUUGUCCGUAGUGGUUUCUACAUUUUUUUCUUUUUUCAGGAAAAUGCUCUCUGUCUAAAAGAUUACCUAAUGAACUGGAGAUAAAUCUUUCUGUUAUGGCCAUUGGAAUCUUUACUAAAUUUACUUAUUUAUUUAUUUAUUUAGAGACAGAGUCUCAUUCUCACCUGGGCUGGAGUGCAGUGGCACGAUAUCAGCUCACUGCAACCUCUGCCUCCCGGGUUCAACUGAUUCUCCUACCUAAGCCUCCCGAGUAGCUGAGACUACAGGCAUGCGCCACUACACCCAGCUAUUUUUUGUAUUUUUAGUAGAGAUGGGGUUUCACCAUGUUGUUUGGCCAGGAUGGUCUCAAUCGCUUGACCUUGUGAUCUGCCUGCCUCAGCCUCCCAAAGUGCUGGGAUUACAGGUGUGAGCCACUGUGCCCGGCCAAUCUUUACUAAAUUUAUUUUGAGGGAACUAAAUUCAAGUCAUAUAUUUGAAAAUUCAACUAUUUCUAAGAGAUUAAUGGCUUAUUAAUCAACAGGGUCAAGUCUAGUAGCAAUGUUAAUUUAACUAGUGUAUUGCUGUUAGUAACUUUAUGUACACAUUUUCUCUUUUACUGUAGCUGUUAAGCAGAAAUACAAGAUUGUUAUUUUCUUAGUUGUGUAAACUUAUGUAAGAGGUCAAAGGGAGAGUUGCAGAGAGGACAAGAGUAGAGAAAAACGGUGGUAGAGAUAAUAAAAAUAUUUUUAAAAUGAAAUACAUUAAGGUUGGUGUAAGGAUCAAAAUAAUAAUAAAUCAGGAAGGGGAGUUUUUUACAUUAGAUUACCACUAAUCUAAAUAGAUAUGAGUGACUCAUGCCUAUAAUCCCAGCACUUUGGGAGGCUGAGGCUGAGUCUGGUAAAUCACUUGGGCUCAGGAAUUAGAGACCAGCUUGGGCAACAUAGUGGAACCCCAUCUCUACUGAAAAUACAAAAAUUAGCAGGGUGUGGUGGCUCAUGCCUGUAAUCCCAGCUGCUUGGGAGGCUGAAGCUGGAGAAUUGCAUGAACCUGGGAGGCAGAGAUUGGAGUUAGAUUAAUCUAACUCCGUGGCUGACAGAGCCCGGAGACUUUGUCUCCAGGUAGAUAGGUAGGUAGGGAGGGUAGGUAGGUAGGUAGGUAAGUAGAUAGAUAGAUAGGAUUACAGAGUACUUAGCAUCCACUUCUUGUAUUGCUUUUUAAAUUUGUGGGAGUGUAAUUGAUAAGAAUCAAUGUAGAUAAUGUGAUUUGGGAUUUAUAGUUACCAUAUAAACAGAAGUUAAUGCAACAUAUCAUGGGUUA